AACAUUUUCAAAUACAUCAUUCAUAGCGGGCAAUGUUGGUGGUCUUCGCUGAACUGUUAUUCUUUAAAGUGACCGUAAAGGAUAGGAACUGUAAGUGGUUGACUAUUUAUUGGACAUGAGAGAUAUCACGUAUCUAUUCAAGAUCACUGCAGGAGGACGUCCCACGUUGGCUCCUCGUCCAAAUGACUGCCCAUGACACCCAACUCUCUGGAGGAGCUCCAGACAACACUUCACUCCGAAGAAAGGCAUGGUGCAGGUCCAGUCGUGAAACCACCUUUCUCCUCGCCUGUUUUGCGGGGGUCUUUGUGGGGUUUGCACUGGGCUUCGGAAUCAGCGCCGUGCCUGGGGGCCCUGGCCAGUCCAUGAUCAUCUGGUUAGGACUGCCAGGUGAGCUGUACAUGCGGAUGAUGAAUGCUGCCAUUCUACCCCUUGUCAUCAGCAGCAUCAUCGCAGGUACAGCAGGACUGAAUCCUAAAGUCAACGGACGCAUCAGCAUAGUGGCCUUCACUUACAUCAUAGCCACCAACCUCAUCGGCGCCAUCACUGGAGCGGUCAUGGCCAUGGUCAUCAAUCCGGGAAGAAGCGGACUCAUGACCUCGAAGGGUUCGAAACUCAGCGCCCGCAAUCUCAGAACAGAAGACCUCUUUCGUCGACUUCAUUAGGAAUCUGGUUCCCGACAACCUGGUGACCGCCACAUUCCAGCAGUCUCAAACCCAGUAUCGAGAGGUGCAAGCAGCCAACGGCAGCACGGACAACGCCACGGUGGUCCUGGAACGUUUUGUGUCAACUGGCGGCG